AUGUCGAAACUUAAAAGAGGAUUAACAAAAGAUUUUGAGAAGGAACAGGAAGAUCAAGCAUUAGCAAAAGAAGAAUUAUUUUAAGUAUAAAUGAAAUCACAAUAAUAACAAGCCCGUUGUCUAAAUCUAUCAAGAUUAUCAAUAUUUAUCAGAUGAAUAAAUCGAUAUUAUUGCUAAAAUACUAUAGGUUAUUGAUUUUUUCAAGGAAAAUUGUCCUGACACAUAAACGUUAAUGGAAUUUACAAAAUUAUGUUGCCAAAACCUUAUUUAUGAAUUCAUACCAAAAGAUUCUCCUGUGUUUCAUAUUGGUAGAUAUUGGCAUCAUAUGUAGAUGAUGUUGGUGAUAAAUUUUAUAUUGUUUUAAGUGGCAGAGCAGGUAUCUAUAUCAGAAGACAACCAGCAUCUAUUGAAGCUGAUGAAGCAGCUGCUUAACCAAGAAUAUUAAAGAUGCUUGAAAAGAUGCAUUUGGAAUCUAUUUCAUAAUUAUAAGGAGAAGAAUUAAUGAAAUUCUAUGGUUAAGUUAUUAAAAAAUAGGCUAAACCAUAAAAAGUAAUUGAUUCUGAAUUAAUAUUAUUUCGAUCUUAAAACUUUGAUAAAUAUUUCACAAAUCAAGGAAUAUGCAAAUUUAUGUUAGUGGCUUAAAAAUAGUCUGGAACAAUCUUUGGAGAAAUGGCAUUAACAAAUGAUAAACCUAGAACUGCAAGUAUAUUUGGUUUAACUGAUCUGAAAUUGUUAUCCUUAUCUAAAGCUAAUUUUAAGGUAAUUCAAUUAAAUAACUAUAGUAAGUUGGAGAAAAAGGAAUGAAAGCAUUAUAAUAAAAGAUAGACUAUUUCUUAAAAAUGUUUCCACAUAUGACGAAACACAAAAUGUCUAAACUUAUUUUAUAUUUUACAUCUGCUAAAUUUCCAGCUAACUUUUUUAUUUGGAAAUAAGGAGAUGAAACAGAUGGAUUCUUAUUAUUAAAAGAUGGAGAAAUGUAAUUAUUAUAAAAUGUUGAAUUUCCAAAACCACCUAGUUAAAAUAAUGUAGAUUUUACAUUAAUGUCUUUAUUCUAAAGUUCUAAAUAAGAAAUUAAAGACAUUAAAGAAACAAUCAUUUUAACUAAUUUAACAGGAGGAUGUUUUGUUGGGGAAACAGAAGUUGUAUAAAAAAAAGAAAAAAGAGAUUAUUCUGUAAAAACAUUAACUAUUUGUAAUUGUUAUUGUCUCUCAUUAGAAGUAAAAUAUCAUAAUUAUUAUUUUGAGAAUUAUCAUAUUGUUAGAAAAACAUUUCCAGAAUUCUUUUAAGCUUUAAAUUCUCUAUAAUAAAGAAAUAGUUAAUUAUUUAGAAGGAGAAUUGAAGAUAUUGUAAAAACUAAGAGUUGUAACUUCUAUUUAACAAAAAAGGAAGAAGCAUUAGCUGUUGAAAGAAGAUAUGCAAAUGAAUUUGGUAAAGAUGAAGCUAAACCAUUUUUAUCAUCUCCUAUUCUUCGUUCUACAUUUUAAUCAAAACUUUCUAAAUAGUAAAUGGUUGAAUAAAAUAAAUCUAUUAUUGAUUAACACACUAAAUUAGAUGAAUAAUUUGGUGAAAAAUAAGAAGAAUUUAAUAUGCUUAAAUUGGCAGGAGAUAAUUUCUAAAAAUGUCUUUUGAUAAGAGUUGAAAAGUAAUUUGAAUAGUUUUAACCAGCAAAACCAAAGUAUAUAUACAUAUAUUAUUUAGAGCCAAAACACCAUAUUUUAGUAAAUAAAAUAGUACUGUUAAAGAUAUCUUAUAAUCUGUUAGACUUAAGUAAUUCCCUUCUUUUGCAACUAAUAGAGAUCAAUAUUCUAUUAGGUAAUCAAAUGAAGAAGAUUCUUAAUAAUUACCUUAAAUAAAAGUAGCUAAAUAACAUAUAAGAGUUGUGAAUCCAAAUAUUUCAUCUAAAGUAGAUAUCAUUAAAUCAAAUUAUUAAUCAUUUAUGAAAUCUAAAUCAAUGAGUUCUAGAUUAGAUAGAUUAUCAGAGAAUUAAAUGUAAGGAUUUAUGUUGACAGAUUCUAUUAAUACUUACCAUCCAUUACAUAGUUUUUAAAAUAAAGAUGAUUAAACUAAACAUAAAAAAAGAGUUAAGACUUAAUCUAAAGUUGAAUCUGAAUAUUAAAAAUCAAUAUUAUGA